GCUCUUGUGGUGCAGUUGGCUUGAACACUAGGUACGCCUCGUUAUGCGGUGAGGAGGAGGAAAUGACAAGAGAAGAUGGACAGCGGCUAGGAUGGUAAGUAGAUGGGAGAAACAACGGCCUUUCAACCGAGAAUCGCGACAGCCACGUAUAGAGUUAAAGCGUGGAGAGCGGUGUCUAGGAUCAUCACCGCGGCGAAACGGGAUGGAAGCGAGCCAUUCCAAGGCCACAGCCAAACGAGCAGGGAGCGGAACGGAAACGAAGGCAAAUGGAAAUGGGAGCGCAAGGGAGCGAGCGAGGGAGCACCUAGGUCCAGACGCCAUGAUACGGACGCAUCAGGAACGAACAGACGAAACGAUGCACAUCUCACCCCUUACCCAACAGCUGGGCGCCUCCACCUCCGCAUCCGGGGCGUAGCUCUAAUGGAGCUGCUCUCGAAGCACGACGAAAGAAUGGGAGGGGCUCACGGCGUGAGAGCCCCCGUCAGAGCCCCCGUGAAGGCGAAUCGUCAUGGGAAUUGUAGGCGGCGAGAUCGGGGUGAGGACUCGGCCUUGGACCAGAGAGGCUAGAGCAGAGAAGACGCUGGGGAAGGAUGAGGGAAAACUGGCGUGGACGAGUGAGAGUCCUCGAGAGGCGAGAGGCGAAAGGCGAAAGACUAUUAGAUCGGACACUGCGCCGGCUCCGCCCAUUGGCGCUU